AACUGGAAUGUCCUGCGAGACCGGCUUUAUUUGUUAGUGAUAUAUAUAAGGAUAUUUUUGAUUUUAACACCUGAAAAAACCCGAAAAUGGUUUUUAACACCCCAAAAAAAAAACUUUUAUUUUAACACCUGACAAAAAAUAUAAAAAUGCUUUUACCACCAUUUAACUGAUUCCGUUUAGGAAUCCGUUAAGUGGGUUCAUGAGCCACGUGUUGCUUUAUUAUUGGCCAAAAAAAUAAAAAAAAAUAAAAAAAAAACCUAAAACUACCCAGCCACCCUAGCCCACCGCCGCCCCACCACUACCACCUUCUUCUUCAGCUUGACCCACAGCCGGCGACGCAACGACCGACGCACCACCUCCCCCUCUCUCACCGGCCGACCUAAACCCAUACCCACCCUUUUCCCGCAACCCUAAUCCACCCUAGCCCGACCACCGCCAUCACCAACCAUGAAUUUUUGGCCGUUGAUUCGGCCACGAAUUCGGCCAUUGAUGGCCGAAAUUAGCCGUUUAAGGCCACUUAGCCCCAAAACCAGUCGAUUUCAACCAUUAAUGGCCAAAUUCGCCGGCGUUUUUGGGGAAGGAAGGUUGCUCAGCAGCAAAACCACCACCCUUGAAAUUCGUCGCCGUUUUUUGGGCACGAUUUUCGGUGGGGGUUCUCGAAUUUUGCCUGCGGGAAGCAAGGGUACGUCAAUUUCCGGCGUUAAGGAAGGUUCGGUGGCGAAACCCGGUGACGGGGGGCUGGGAGAGGGUGGUUCGGGAGUUGGCCGGGGAGAAGGAUCACCGUUGGUGGCUGCCUUCUGGUUGUUUGAGUUUUUUUUAAAAAAAAUCUAUUUUUUUUUGUUUUUUUUUUAUUUUUUAUUUUUUGAAAACAAGUAAAAUGGUGACACGUGUCACUGUGGACCCCACUUAACGGAAUUUUUGAACGGAAACCGUUAAGUGGUGGUAAAAACCAUUUUCGUAACAUUUGUCUAGUGUUAUAAUAAACCUUUUUUUUUUUUGAGGUGUUAAAACCCAUUUUCCGAUUUUUGUAAAAUAUCCUAUAUAUAAUUUGAUUUGAUAUGAUAUUAGAUUGAAAUAAUAAGAAGCUCACGUUAGAAUAACAUGAAUUUUAUAAACCUACAUUAAUAUAGAAUUUGCAGUAAAGCGUAAAACGGGAGGAAAUAUUAUACCAUGCCGACGCUACACCGGAACACCAGGAUGUGCGUCUAUCACUUCUUUUCUCGUCGUUUUUCUUCCAUUUCUUCACCCCUUCCUGCCGCUGCCACUGCAACAGAUUUUCAAAUGCUUAAAUGUGUUCUUGAUGACUGUAAAACCUCCUCGGAUUCGAAAGCAGUACUCGAAACCCAUGCCAAGAUUGUUAAAUUAGGAUUUGGCAUGGACUAUUCACUCGUAUCUCAUUUAUUGCUGACUUAUAUUAAUUGUGGGAAGCUUGAUUUUGCCCGCCACCUCCUAGAUGAAACCCCAUGUUGGAAGGUUGAUUUGAUUACCGGCAAUAUAAUGAUUUCAAGGUUUAUGAAGAAUGGAGAUGUUGAGGCUGCCAAAAGGGUGUUUUUUAACAUGCCUCUAAAAGAUGUUGUCUCAUGGAAUUCCUUGAUUGGUGGCUGUGUUAAAAACUCUCGAUUAGAGGAGGCAUUAAGAAUGUUUAAGGAUAUGUGCUUAUUGGGUAUUGAGCCAGAUGAGUUUACAUUUUCUUCUGUUAUUGCUGGGUGUGCACGGCUUGGAGCUCUUGAUCAUGCUUUAUGGAUACAUAAUCUCUUGAUCGAGAAGAAAAUUGCUUUGAAUGACAUUUUGCUGUCUGCAAUUAUAGAUAUGUAUGCAAAAUGUGGGAAAAUAGAAAUAGCAAAAGAAUUUUUUGAUGGCUGCAGAAGCAGUAGUGUGUCUGUUUGGAAUUCGAUGAUUACUGGCCUGGCAGUUCAUGGUCUUGCCACUGAUGCUAUUUCUGUAUUCUUUCGAUUGGAAGAGGAAAAAAUUUAUCCUGACAGUAUAACGUUUCUUGGAAUUUUAGUUGCAUGUAGUCAUUGUGGUUUAGUUGAGCUGGGAAAGAAAUAUUUUGACAUGAUGAAUAGAAAAUUCUCUAUAGAACCAGAACUUGAGCAUUAUGGAACCAUGGUUGAUAUUUUAGGUCGUGCUGGACAACUAGAUGAAGCUUAUGCCACCAUCAGAGCAAUGCCAAUGCAACCUGAUGUGGUAAUAUGGAAGGCACUACUCAGUGCUUGUAGGACUUACAGAAAUGCACCACUAGGCGAAAUUGCUAUUCGAAAUAUAUCAUCCCUUGAUGGUGGUGAUUAUGUAAUGCUGUCAAACACAUAUUGUUCUUUAAACAAGUGGAGCAGCUCUGCAAACAUGAGAGAGGAGAUGAAAAGGGAGGGGAUCCACAAGGAUCAUGGAAAAAGUUGGAUUGAAUUGGCGGGGAUCAUACACCAGUUUAAGGCACGUAAUCAGGCACACCCUGAAAUGGAGGCAAUAUACAAGAUUAUGAAACAAUUGAUUAAAAGAGCCAAGUUAGGGGGUUAUGUUCCUGCAACAGACUUGGUUUUAAUGGAUGUUUCAGAGGAGGAAAAGGAGGAGAAUUUGAUUUUCCACAGUGAGAAAUUAGCAUUAGCUUUUGGAGUACUUAAAACUAGUCUGAGAACGGAAAUUCGAAUUACAAAGAACUUACGAACUUGCUAUGACUGUCAUUCUUGGUUUAAAAUAGUUUCAAGGAUGUUGGCAAGGGUGAUCAUUGUCAGGGAUCGUGUCCGAUUUCACAAGUUUGAAGCUGGUUCUUGUUCUUGUGGGGACUACUGGUGAGUGCUGAACAAGUUCUAAUGAACUUAUGAAAUUUCCUUCAUACACGAGGCUGUUUCUUAGUGAGGAUAUACAAGGCUGACAAAGUUAGAUUGGUAAGCUGACAGAUCAGCUAAUGCUAGAGAGAAGCAGUUAGUUUGUGUUGUUCCACUUCAAGUUUGGAUAUGAAGUAACGAAGGUGCUGUAUUAGUCAAUCUUACAUUUUAACUGCUGACAUGCUUCUAAGUGUCCUCAACAAGGUUGGUGCCUUUGAUUGUAAUUUGGAUUCGUAGUCAUCUAAAGAUGUGACCUGGAUUUUUAUUUUUUUUUCCUCACAAGCUUGUUGAGUGCACAGUGUUCGUCUACAUCGUCAACUGAUUGUUAUCUACCUUGCACCUGAUGCUUUUGUUGAAUGAAAUCGAUUGGUUCUAUGAUAUACUUUGCUGUUCUUCCAUACAUAGAUGGAACAUGGAACUAAAGCACUGACCUAUGUCUCUAUAUGUGGGUUACUAUGCUGUAGAGAUCAUGGAAAGAAUAGGAAUCCACCCAUAUCUAUAUGUGGGUUACAAUGUUGCACCUUAUGAGGCUGGUUUAUUAAAGGUCCAGUACAGUUGCUGGUGCUCCAUAUCAAUUUCUUGGCUCUCAAGGAUUCUGAGAAAAUGUAUGUUCCUACCUCUGCGAGUUCCUGACUUUCUUACUUAGUUGGGCCAGUCAUAUCCUAAAAUUGUGACCCAUGCAACUUUUUUGGUUAAGGUAUCUGCUGCUAGACUUUGUAAAACUUUCCAGCUGAGAUGUUGGUAUAGAGGAUUUUUCUCUCAGUUGUUUGUCAUGCUUGAUGGAUUUUGAGGCCAAAGCUCAGUUUUAUAAAUUUAAUGAAUCUGUUUUUGAGCAAGUCUUACUGAAAUGUAAAAGAAAGGGGAUAGAUUUCAGCUACGAGCGUUGCAUCGAGUUACAUAUUUAAACAGGCUAUGAGCUGCUAGUAAUUUUGGAGUUACCAAAUAAGUUUAUGUUGUGUUAAAUCUCAAUUGAGCAGUGAAACUAGUGGUGACCUUUCCUUUUUUUUUUUUUUUUUUCAUUGUGGGUUGACGACUUUCCCUUUUCUAUCCUGCUUGCACUUGUAGAUGAACUAUGCUGGUUCUAAGAGGGGAAAGGGAGAAGUGUCUAUUCAUCCCUGGGCUGGGUCAUCCUUUGGGUGUUAUGGCUGGAAUUGAAUAUUGGAAUUAUUUUGGAAUAGGGAGGUGCCGAGGUGGGUCAUGGACUCAUGGCUGACUCGUAGAGUAGUUGUGUUUCCAAUUGGUGUGGAAUGGCAGAUUUGGAAGCUUUUCCUUGACCCAUUUAGAGGCAUAACAUAAAGGACCUUAUAUCUUAUUUAUUUCUUAAAAUUUUUUUCCAGUGAACUUCUGCUGUAUAAAAUUUGUUUAAAUGCCCAGAGCUUAACCUGUCAAUACAUACAUGGGUAGAAAACUAGAAAUGGUGGUAUAACAUAGUCUGCUAGAAAUUAUAUGUUUGAAUGCUAUUGCUUAAUCUGUUAAUGCCUUGUAUAUACUCUAGGUAAACCAUAUAUUCCCAAGCAAGCUUUGACUUGGAGUGUAUUAGAACACUUGUAAUUCCUUUACUUUGCAGGAAUAAUUGUGAGCUUUCUUAUGAGACACAGAAAAUUUUGUUUAGUAUGUAGAGUACAGUUUUACCUUGGCUUCGCUGUGGGUUUCGCACAAUAAAAUAGGAUAAUCAGAAUUUUUAUAUUGGUUCUACUAGCUUUAAAAUAUAUUUGAAUGUUUCUUGCUUAUUCAAGCCUAUAAAACUCGAAGAGUGACUUUAUGUAUUCAGUGUUAUUAUGAUGUGAUUGUUUUUUUCUGAAUAGCUUAUGUGAUGCGUGUUGGUCUGUUUGAUUCUCAAAUUAGCAUUCCGGAUUUAUAUUAUCCCAAAUUGACCUUAGCUAAAGCAUAUAACAUGGGAUGGUACCUAAAUCUUUGGGGUGUUGAACACUUGAACCUAAUCCACAGACUAUGAACUGUAACAAUUCUGAAUGGAGAUUUAUUUGGUUUCGAGUUUCUUGGUCAUGGUAGUUAGCGAGCCAUAUCUAUAUGACAUUUCGACUGUUUCCAUAUGCCUACCAUGUACAAUGCAGGGACAUCAUCACAUCAGGAAGUGGGGGGAGAGUUUGGUUUCCUGUUUCAAGGAAUUUAGCAUAAUUUUGGUACAGAAUGUCAAUUUUGAACUCAGUGAAUAUCAGUUUAUCUGAAACUUAGAUAAGCAUAUAAUUUGUAUUACAUGUAUUACUAUAACUAUUACUAUGAAAUUCAUUGUGAUUUGGAGAAUGUUAUCUAUCUCUGCUUAGAAGUAGUAAGAUUUAUUCCUUUCUGGUGACGAUGACAAUAUAAGCAUUGCAUGCAGGUACAGUGUAUAUAUUAAUAUAUAUAUUGUUGUCAUCAUACAGACAUUGGUAUUUCAUAAUUCAACAAUAGCUAAUCACGUAACAAUUGUGGAUUCUGCCUGCAAAUCUAAUGAAUACACACUUUUCCAGAGAUGAUCGACGGGAGUGAUCAGAAAUGUAGGAUCACACUGACUGAGUUCUUUUGACGGCUGUGGAUCCUAAAGGGUGUCCUUGUGACUUUGUAGUGCUACAGUAUCUUCAAGCAUCUUGAAUGGGCACUAUUGGCAGUUUGCCUCCAUAUAUGUCUGGAAGUUGGCUCUCCUCAAUGUCUUCUAGCAUGGUUGAUUUUAUCUGUUUUUUCUCCACAAACUCUAUCUGCAAAAGUGUGAAGAAUGGUGAUGGUAUGCAAUCAUGCUAUGUAAGUAAUACCCUCAUGGUCUCAUCCUUUAUGUUAAUGAGAUUUAACAACCAUCUCCCCCCCCCCCCCCCAACACACACACAAAAAAAAAAAAAAAAAAAAAAAAAAAAAAAAAAAAAAAUCAUAGAGGGCAAAGUGCUUUCGAGCACUCACUUUGGUCUUGGUGUUGUCAUCGAUGAAGGGGUAGAUAACCUUCCAUACUGCCAUAAAGAUUUUUGGUGCGUGCACUAUUAACAGCUUCCCUAAUCUUUCUGGGUAGCAGUCCUGAAACACACCCAUAACACAUAAUUUUUUUCUGCAAUGUAGAAUUUAUUUUUAA